UUUGUUCAUUUGCAGACGAGAGACAACCAAAUCUUUCAAGAAGGUCGCGACGUGGUGACCGUGUGCGAGUGGACGGACAGAAUUUACCAGAACACGCAACCGGAGCACAUAAUCACGAACGUCGUGUCCGGCAGGAAGAUGCGCGUGCAAAAGUACAAUUUUCCCGAUACGGUCGUUUGGAAUCCUUGGCAGGAGAAGGCUCGUGACAUUCCAGACUUCGGCGACGACGAGUUCCCGAACAUGAUUUGCGUUGAGAGCGGUCACGUCAGUAGUCCAGUGAUAUUGCUCCCUGGAACGGCUUUCGAAGCCAGUCAAAUCUUACAGGUCCGCAGUGAUACGAUCUUAUUAGCCUUGAUUUGUACUACGAACAAGCCGAUUAAUACAUACACACAUAAUGAGUGUCCUAAUUUCUGUUCACGUCAAAAAUUCU